GUGUGUGAGAGAGAGAGAGAGAGAGAGAGAGAGAGAGAGAAGCCGCAGGGAAACGCACCCGUUAACAGCGAAUAAAGAAAAAAGAAAAAAAGGAUACAGAAAGAGAAAUCACGGACAAAGAAAACAUGGACGCUGAGUGUAUCCGUGCACAUCUCCAACGGAGUUUGCUAGCAAGCCGUCGUGUCCACGAAAUGAAGAACAAUUAGGCCACAUUAAUGCCAUGGUGGGAAGCGAGGCACUGCUACAAAGAGAGCUGUUUUUUUAACCCGUCCUCGGAUUCCGGGAGCUUGCGAUGGCUGUUGCAGGGAAAUGUUGCAGCUGCGGGGAAAAUGUGUCUCUUCUGUCAUUUCUGACAUUGAUGCUCUGUGGUGGUCUUGCACUUGGACAAAUGCGAUAUUCAGUUCAAGAGGAAUCUGAUAAAGGAGCGGUGGUGGGUGAUAUUGCGCAAGAUUUAGGGCUGGAUGUUGCAAAGCUCUCGACUCGAAGUCUCAAGGUAACGGCCGACGGAGGAAAACGGUAUGUGGAUGUGAAUCCAAAAAACGGAAAACUGUUCGUAAACGAACGGAUCGACCGGGAGGCGUUGUGUGACAAGAGCGGCGGCUGCGUUCUGAAUUUCGAUUUGCUUCUCGAAAACCCAUCCGAGGUGCACAGCAUCGAGGUGGAGGUGCUCGACGCGAACGACAACGCGCCGCAAUUCCCGCGAGACGAAUACCAGUUGGAAAUAACGGAAUCGGCGUCACCCACUUCUCGUUUUCCCGUCGAGCACGCGCUCGAUCCAGAUAUCGGGACCAACUCGGUCCGAUUUUACCGGCUUGGCCCAAACGAGCACUUUGCACUCGAUUCCAGCAAACCGUCGCCCAACAGCAAGCACGUCGAGCUCGUGCUGAAAAAGCCCCUGGACCGCGAGCAGACGCCGUAUCAUCAGCUGAUCCUGACAGCGUCCGACGGCGGCACACCAGCGCUGACAGGUACAGCGAAAAUUAAUGUGCGCGUCUUAGACUCGAAUGACAAUAAUCCCGUGUUCGACAGCUCCGUGUACAAAGUGAAACUGCUGGAGAAUUCACCGAAAGACACACUCGUUAUUAAAUUAAACGCCACGGAUCAGGAUGAGGGCACAAACGGAGAGGUGUUUUAUUCCUUUAGCAGUUACACCCCGGAAAGGGUCAGGCAGGUGUUCAACAUGGACACCAAUACUGGAGAAAUCCGAGUCCGGAACAAUGUGGACUAUGAGGAUACCAACUCGUACGAGAUGUACAUCCAGGCCAUGGACAAAGGACCGGCUGCAGUUGCGGCCCACUGCAAAGUGGUGGUGGACGUCGUGGAUGUAAAUGAUAAUGUUCCGGAGAUUGUGCUCUCAUCCCUGUCCAGCCCAGUGCGUGAGGAUGCCCGUGCUGACACCGUUGUGGCCUUGAUCAGUGUGACAGACCGGGACUCUGGCCCAAAUAAGCAAGUGACGCUGGAGAUCCCGCCUGGUCUUCCUUUCAGAAUCAAGUCUUUCAGGAACUACUACACUUUAGUCACCUCUGCCUUCUUGGACCGCGAGACCACAGCAGCCUAUAACGUGACUCUCAGUGCCACAGAUGGUGGCACUCCUCCACUCUCCUCCCGGAAGACCAUUCAGGUUGACGUGGCAGACGUUAAUGACAAUCCACCACGGUUUGAGCAGGCCUCUUACACUGUGUAUGUUAUGGAGAACAAUGCACCUGGAGCCUCUCUUUGCACUGUCAAAGCUCUCGACUCAGAUGUGAAUGAAAACGCCCGCAUCACCUACACCGUUCUGAAUGACAACAACCACGGCAUUCCUGUCACUUCCUAUGUUUCCAUCAAGCCAGACACAGGUGUGGCUUAUGCGCUCCGCUCCUUUGAUUAUGAGUCACUGAGGGAGUUUCAUUUCCAGAUAAAAGCACAGGAUGGGGGCAUUCCGCCCCUUAGCCGUGUGGCCACUGUCUAUAUCUAUGUAAUGGACCAAAAUGACCACACUCCAGAGAUUGUGAACCCUCCAGCUAACGGGACACGUUCUACAGAAACAGUGCUUAAGAACAUUGAAGCAGGUGCUCUGGUCACCAAGGUGGUAGCAUAUGAUGCAGAUGCUGGAAAGAAUGCUUGGCUCAUUUUUGCUUUGGAUCAGUCUCCUGAUCUGGACCUGUUCAAAGUGCACGAGCACACGGGGGAGAUCCGUACCACACGUCGAGUCCUGGAAGAUAACUCGACCUCAUUCAGUCUCAUUGUGCUCGUGAAAGACCAUGGAGAGCCCCCACUCUCUUCUACUGCCACCAUCAACAUAGCUGUCAUGGAGGUGCCACCUAAAGUCAUCCCUGACCCCAAGAGGAUAAUUCGCCCUUACAGCACACCUCUGUUUUCAAAUGUAACGCUCUACCUAAUUGUAGCACUCAGUGCCACAACUUUUGUGUUUCUGGUCACAGUGGUGGUGUUGGCCAUAGUACGGUGCCAUGCCUAUUGUACCCAACCUGGCUCAUGUUCACCCUGCUGUGUGUCUCAGAAGAGCAUCCAAGAUAGUGUGUCUGGAGGAGGCGCAGGUGGAGGGUCUCAAGCCAACAACAAUGUGGUCCUCAGGCGAGAUCUCAAAGUUGAACCUCACUACAUUGAGGUUCGUGGAAAUGGCUCUCUGACUAAGACCUACUGUUACAAAACCUGCUUGACUGCCACAUCAGGCAGCGACACAUUCAUGUUCUACAAUACGGGCCGGCCCAUCAGUGGGACCUGGGGUUCGGAGCGCUUUUUCACAAGUGGAAGUGGCUUUGUGCGCAGGCUCAGCAUGCCAGAUGCAGCAAUCCAGCCCAAGGGACCGAAUGCUGACUGGCGGUACUCUGCAUCUUUGAGGGCAGGAGUGCAAAGCUCUGUUCACAUGGAAGAGGCCUCGGCUGUGAUGCAGGGAGCGCAAGGUGUGCUGGUGCAGAACUGGCCUACAGUGUCCAGUGCUGCAGAUGGAGAGGCUGAAGGACAGCUCUCUCCUCCUGUCGGAGCUGGAAUCAACAGUAAUAGCUGGAGCUUCCGUUAUGGUGCUGGACCAGGCUAUGGUCCUCCACAGGCCCUGAAGCCAGGUGAGAUCCCUCCUGAAGCCUUCAUCAUUCCUGGCUCACCUGCAAUCAUCUCCAUCCGGCAAGACCCAGGAGCCAUGGAUGACAAGGGAGACUUUAUUAGCUUUGGCAAGAAAGAGGAUCCCAAGAAGAAGAAAAAGAAGAAGAAGGACAAAAAGGACAAAAAGGAAAAGGGCAAAGAUGAUGGCGAGGAGUAAAGUAGAAAUGUACUUCCUGAACUCAUAAAAAUGAAAAAUCAAGAAAAAUCUGAAAGGAAAUACAGCAUAGAGAGGAGAGCCCUUUAACUGCAGCUCUCACUAUAGGGAGAUUGAUUUGCCAGCCCCACCCUGUGCUAAUCAUUCUCUUUUCUCUUUGUACCCAACCUCAAAUGACCCCUAUCCUUAAACCACGAUGGCUCCCAGGAAGCAAUAAUUGGCUAUUUCACUACUUGGUGUGUUCAGAGCGUUUCUAAGAGGCAUUAUUUAAAUCUAAAACCAACACAUUACGGCAUUUAUUCCAACGUAUGAUAUAUAAAUUGCAUCUUAUAUCCAUGGGCCUAAUAUAUGUGAGGGGGCAAUCUGUUAUUCUGGACAUCCUCAUGACUCUUUUGCUAUGCCAGGAAUCUGUACUGUAAAUGGCCAAAAGGUAUUUGAAUGAGAUAUAAUCUGGUCAGCAUUAUGGAUGUGUGAUGUAGAGGAAAACCACUUCAGGGGUAGUACAAUAGUCAUGUUUUUAAAAUGAGUAAUUUCAGUGUUUGUGCUCAGAGAGCCUCCUGCUGCCUUUGAGUGGCACAGUAAUGCUGAAAACUCACGUGCUUUACUUGGUGGUGCAAAAAAUAAAAAUAAAAAUAAAACUACCUACAACUCCAAAACUGAAAUUUUAAUUCUUCUUAACUUCAAACCAAUACUUCUAAACAUAAAAACUUGAUCCAUAUGUUGUAUUCAUGGUCAGAUCAGUCAAGUAGAAUCCACUGUCCAGGACCUCAAUAUAUUAGUAGACGAUGUAAGAGCACAGCCUCUUGUGUAAAAGAGACAGGAAUGUUGUUUGUUGCUUCAUUUCAAACCAAGUCUGGUAAACUUUAGUCUCUGACGUGACUCACUGCUCAGUGCACCAGAGUUCUAGCUUUCAGUGCUUGUAAUUUUUUGCUCACUCUCACUCUCUCAGUCCUCCUCCAUGUUUACAGCUGUGCACAACCACAACUGCCCUCUUGUGGUCAUGAUGUGGGACUGAAUAAAGGAGAUAAGAGACUCUGACUCGUAACCUCUGCACUCAGAUCAGGCCUCAGCACUGUUACUGGAACUUUCUAUCCUUCCCCAGGGAGCAUAAGCACACGAACCAUGUCCAUCCGGGUAAAGCAAGUGCUCAAGCAGCAGUGAAAAGUAUCUUGACUUGUACUUUUGAGGAGGUUGUGUAGACGUACAUUUUCAAUUUUGAAGAGUGUGGUUUGGUGUAUAGAAAUGUGAAGACAGCUGAAUACAGUAAUAAACCAAGCUGAGCUGCAUGAUAGCACUGCAGAACUCAGCAGAAGGUUUCAUGUGUAUGAUUUUUUUUCAUUUUUUAAAGGAUUCGUGAUGCCUGUAAUUUUUUUUUAAUUUCAUUUUAAUUUUUAAAAUUUUACUUUCCUUUGUCUUGGCAGUAGGGCUAUUGAUCAAGGUAUAGGAUGGAUGUUAGUGCUGCUAUAAUUGAUAACACACACACACACACACACACACACACACACACACACACACACACACACACACACACACACACACACACACACACAACAGCCUUCUUCAGGUGUGGUUUAGUGCUGUCAGAUCACUAAGUGACUGCUUGCAUGUGAUACACAGAUAAAACAAACUAUAUAUAGUGAUCGAUAGACAGAUAGAUAUGCUUUUCAGAUUUAUUUUUAACCAUUUCUCUUGUAAUUAGAGACAUGCAUCGUCUCUAGCGAAACACGUAGACAUAUAUCUAAUUGCUCUUUCAGAUUCAGUUGUAUGCAAAACCAAUAGGGGAACAAUGUUGACCCCAUGACAUCAACCUUAUCCUGAACAUUCUAGAUAAAUGUAUUGCUGUAGUGUUAUGCUAUAAUUCUUUUUUAUAACCACAAAUAUAUUUGAAUUGAUGAACAAAGAAAGUAAUGUGGAACUGCUUCAUAUAUCCCCUUCUAUGAUAUUAAACUUGUUUUCCAUUAAAACUUUAAAAAAUCGCAAUAAAAAUAUCAAAAUGAUAAAUGCAAAAAGAAAAAAAAAACAGUCGAUGUACUCUGCUUAUGUGUAGUGAAUGUUUAUUAAGUCGAUCAGUGCUGAGAUGGCACUUUGCUCUUGACUUAACAGUGCAACUCUAUGGAACAAUCUUUUUUUGUACACCUGCUCAUCAGUGUAGUCGUGAAAUAGUAUUUUUUCUUUUAUUUUUCCCUUUUUAUAUCACUUUAUGAAAUCUGUUAACGUGUUUUGUUUAUAAACCACAAAUAAAUUCUUUUCAUAAGUACCA